AUGAAAGAGCAUUUUCUGCAGCCUGUUGUUCACCAUGUAAGUUCUUGGGAGUUUCUUUUGUCAAAGGCUACUUCAAAUGGCUGUGUAAACACUACGAAACUUUUGCGAGAUUUUAAUGCUUUAAAACAGUUGUUGUAUGAUAACUAUCCUGAGAUGAAACCAAUUGUUGAAGAAAAUGUUGCUGUGAAUUUGGUUGGAAUGCCCACUUUAAACGAUAUGGUAAACUUUGUGCUGGAUAACAAGACAUUACUGUGCAGUGCUAUACUUGAAGCUGAGGAUGGAAAGAUAUUCAGGGAAGGAUUAAUGCCACUUGUUUUUGAAAAGAACAAAGACAAAUUUCUUGAAUUUGCAUCGGGAAUUGUUGGUUCGUUUUCUAUUGGGCAAAAACAACUGCAAGAUGUUCUGCGAAACACCUGGGGAAAGUAUCUUUCAGCAGUGAUUGGUGUCAAUGUCAUCCCACCCAAAGCCCUUAUUGUACAACACCUAAAGAAAAAGAAACAAGAACUGACAGAGCUGAUAGGAUUGAAUUUCGAAGUCCAUGAUGAUGUGGUUGUUGCAAAGGUUAAUGUUGCUAUGUAUUUGGAAUAUCUACUCUCUCGCCCGACUAUCAAGAUAUCUGAAAUUGCACCCGAGAACAAAGUACUUGUAUACCAGUUCACUGAUUUAGCUCCACGGUUAAAGUGGUCAAGGUAUUUCACUGGCAUCACCACCUUGCGUCUGAAAGUUGUUGAGUGCCACAACCUUAACCGACUAGUCAUUACAGCUGGCGUAUACCUUGGUCCAGACGAUUGUGACACAAUCAAGAAACGCUUUGGAGGAUUGUAUGAAGAGUAUGCUCAGUUGAAAGAAAUUAAUUCUCCCAAAUGUGAACGUCCCAUCCAAGUGUACUACAGAAGUUGUGUAGAUGGCAAACAGCGUCGGAUUGACACAGGCAAUAGUUCUUCAAGAUCCACAUUCCCAAUCCCAGAUGCUCCUGAACACACCACCUUGUUGGGUAACAUGUUGGUCAUCUCUACUGGCCCAGUCUGGACAGUUCAAGACACAAAGGAAGCAGAGAAGAAUUGGAUGAAAGAGAAAACCCCAGUUCCAAGAUCAGAAUUUGCAAAAAAUAACUUAGGCAACCAAGGGCGGGUAAAUCUUACUAACUGUGAUAUGCAAGAUUAUUUUCCAGUAGCAAUGCAUCUUGCCAUUAGAUCUGUGGAAACAUUGUCAGUACAAAUUGGCAUGUGUGCAAUUGGUAAGUUAGCACUAACAGCCAGGUAGCAGGGAAGUUUCUGCCAUCACAAUGGCAGACAUUUUUCAACAAAUAUUAGGAAAAAAAAUGCGCUGAAUAUUGUUUAAUAUUCAUGAAUAUUGUUUAAUAUUCAUGAAUAUGAAUAUUAUCAAGAUACAAGUACUAGUUGAAAAAACCCCAGAAAAAUUAAGUUGAUAUUUAGAUUUUGAAAUACAUUUGAAAUUGGAUAUUGUCUUGAAUUAAUUACCUAUUUCAUGGAUAUAAAUUUGAGUUUACAAAAUAACAAUAUUCAGACAAUGUUUUUCUCCUAUACAUGUGCCACUUUGAAGUAUGAACUGUAUAUUUAGAGAGGGGUGUAAGCUGUGAAUAAUCUGCCCCUCCCCCUGUUAAUUAAGGCAGGGCCGUCGCAAAGCAUCUAAAGUGGGGAGGGGGUGUCAGACAAUUUUUACCAAAAUUUUACAAAUUCACCUGAAAAUUAAAUCCCCCCGGUCAAAAGAUUUUCUGGACAAACACGAUUUCCUGACACAAAGUCCAAUUUUCAUAAACUUUUAUGCAAAAAUAGGUAUCAUUUCAGAAAAAUAUCGACAUUAUUAUUACCCAAAUUGUGCCUGAAAAUUACAACAUUUACCUGAUUUUAACUUCAAACAUCUUGGAUUUUACAUCUUGAGCUUUUCAACCUCCAGUAAAAACCAACAAUUGGUUCAUAGUUUACCUGAUUUUCAAGUUUACCUGAUUCUCGACAAUAAAGCAACCUAAACUCAGUGGCGCCGUGGCCAGGGGGGGGCAUGCCCCCCUAUUGUUGAGACCCGUCAGAACAUUGUCAAUGUUGUCGGAACAUUGUCAAUGUUGUCGGAAAUUGUCAAAGUUGUUGACUGGGGGGGGGGGAGGUAAAGAUUUAAUAUGUUGUCCGGAAAAAUUUUUUGGUUUGUCAGAAAAAAUGUUUCGGUUUGUCGGAAAAGUACUGCCCUUAGUCCCCCCAAAACAUGGGUCCCACAGCGCCACUGCCUAAAAUUUACCUGAGAUUCAGCACAGGCAAAUAUUGGGGUGUUACACCCUCCCCCCCCCCCACACACACACACUGGUAGUGACGGCCCUGCUAUUAAGGUAAUAUUUUACCAUUAACUUACAAUGCUCUACAUUUGGUGGGGAAUUGCUCAUAUUUAAUAGCCUCAUCACUUACAAAUGCUUGCCUGCAUAUAUCUAUAGGGGUAAGUGGAUCACAGGAAAAGUGGGUAGAUUCCUUGAAGCGUGUAGCUCGAUUUGUGAAAGUGGAAAGUGGGCAUCUUACAGGCAAAUUUGACGAGAUUGGUGUACUUUCAUUUGGUUCCAAAAUACCUAGUGUUUUAGCUACAGCUGGUUUUCAGAGUUUCAGCCUUGACGUCCUUAUGACAUUUUGUUCCGGCUUAACAGACAUGUUCCAAAACCUACUGCGGCCACAACCAAUUUUAACUGGGAAAGAAUAUGAAAUCUUGGCUUCCAAACAGUGGUUAUCUUUGGUGUUAAAGCCAUUACCCCAUCAAUUAAACAAGCUGUUGUAUAUACACCUUAUUAUGUUGAUAAAGCUUUUGCAGAUGGUAGAGAAAUUGGACUUCCGAUCACCUUGGAACAUUUUUCCGAUGCAACAAUGGAGACAGCGCACAAGCGACCCAAAGAAGGAAAUUUCCUUUUUAGCGGUGGAAGGGAUGGCCCCACAGAUGUUGUUGAAUACCAAACAUGUGUCUUAACUCAGGUUUUUCAAAAUGUAAUUUACCAUAUAUGGGAUAAAGGCAAUCAAUUGAAGUCAAAGCGACAUAAACCAACUGAUUCAGAUGAAUCAAAGACACUAGAUGUUAAAAGAAAAAAGUUCAGGUAAAGUAAUUAGUAAUGUAAUUUGAGGUGAGAAAGAAUUUACUAAUUAUAGUAACUUACUGGUAGCCUAGCAAUGCAUCACUCAAUUCCACCUGACAGAACUAGACAUUUAUUGUUUUUAUGAUAUUGGUCUAAAUAUGUGUCUGGACUGAUAACUUUUGACUGCCAUGUAAUUAAUAUCAGGAUAGAAAUUACAAAAUUGACUGAUACAUACCGGUAGCAGACAAGAGCAAAAUCUUGCACCAGAUCUUUCUGCUGCAAACAUUUUCUCUUCUUUACAAAAUAUUUAGGCACCCAAUGCCUGCCUACUGGGAGUCUCCCUCACAGCCAUUGUUUGUGUCAUCACUUUAUUCCUCCUCGCAAGUGGCUGCUCACAAUUAGCCAAUCCCAGCUUGGUUAUCAAAACUCCAGAACAAGUAGCCUCAAUUUAAAAAGCUUCCCACAUAAUUUUACAAGCAACGCUGUGAUUGGUUUAGCAAGAAAGGAAUGUUGUGGGGAGGAAUAUAAUGACGGAAUACAUUAUUAACCAGUAAGCUGGUCUCCCUUGCAGCCACUCAUAGGGCGGAAUACAGUGACAACACAAACAGCGGCUGCAAGAGAGUAGGUUACCUACUGGUAAACAAUAACAUAAAUCAACUAUCCUUAACAGUCAAUAAUUUCCACAACAGUUGCAGUAUGACAAGAUGUAUUGCAAAAAUACUGCCCUUUUGCUUCAAUGUAAUUAUCCGUGUACCCAGUUGAAUCUGGAAGAAGAAACCAAAAGUAUAGCACUUUUUAAACUUUUGAUUAAUUAACAUAAGGCUUAGAAGCACAUUCGUUUGCAACUUUUCUUACUCGCUAAGUCGGUAAACCUAUCUCUCUACAACCAAGUGAUCUCUUUUCCAACAGCACUGGCAAAUGUGCCUGCCUUAAUUUAAAUAGCUCCCAAGGGAACUUCAUAGAAGAUUGAGAUUUUAAUGUACCUGUAGUUGUCAAUUAUUAAAAUUUGUUAUAGUUACCUUUUGAUGAGUUUGAUGAUGAUAGCUGUGAUUUGGUUAUAACUUUGAUCAAAACAAUGCUGGACCAUCAGAGCAAGAUGACCAAUUGGUAAUAUUCAUUUUUUUUUCAAUUCUGGAUAAUUCAUAAAUACGACAAUAGGUUAAGUACCCACUCCAUAAAUUAUUUUUCUACAGCUUACCAAUCCAAUGAAUGAAGCCGAUGAAGAUGAUGUUGUAGCAUUACCCAUUGGACCAGAUGAAAUAGCAUGCCUUGCAAAUACCAAAGUUCCGGAUGGUUCAUAUAACGAAUGUACAGCACUGAGAGAUGACCUAUGGGAAUAUGGCCAGAAUAAUCCAGUUCCUGCAAUAUUUGUCGAUAAAGACUCUGCCGCUGAAUAUGUGCAGUCACUUGAGGGUCGAACUGGUGUGAUUUCUUGCCACUUGGAAUCAGCCACGUUAAACAAUGGAACAAAAUCAGUUGUGUGGAAUAGGGUUGAUCCCCGUGUCUCGAAAGAAAAAUUUGAUGUCAAAUUCUACAUGAAUUAUCGGAAUGAAAAAAUGUCUGUCCAACACCAUCCAUCCACAGGCAAUGAUAGCAAAGCAAAAUACAGAAUUGAUGUUCCUUUCAACAAAGUCAUGGGAAUUGAAAUAGCUGAUGGAGUUCUGAUAGCAGAUGUGUUUGGUUCUCCCUGCAUUGAAAAGAGAUCAGAAAGUUCUCGUGUCUGGCAAGUUACCUCUCCUAACGACAACAGCACUAGCGGUAGAUCUUCUCGUUUAAGUAUUGGUUUUAUCCAUCACAUCUCACCUGAAAAUCUGCAGCAAAAUCUGGAAAAAAUACCAUCACUUAAAUCUCCCUUUCGCUCUGGCAUUUGUAAAGAUUACCCCGGUUUUGAUCCCACCGAAGGUGAGAACCCUCAUGAUCGUCUCCCACUUUUACGCGAUCCAACGCUCGUACGUGCUGCACAGCUUGCUAUUUUGCAGCUCCGAGAUCAUGCCCAAGAAUAUGAUUCCAGCACACAAAACAUUGUUGAGACCUUCGGCGGCAUAGAAAAGAGAUAA